AAACUGUAAUCGAGUAAAUUGCAUUUUCAAUCCUUCACCUUCUCAGGCUUUGGCCGGUUCCCAGUCGAUCGGGUGGCGGCGCUUCGUCCACUGCUUGCCGGGAGAUACAGCUGGUCAAUGGCAGUCUCUCGGCUGUUCAAAAUUUCCGCUAAGCCGAGGGCACCGCUCCGUCUUGCCGCGGGGGCAACCUUCGUUGCUCUCGUCUGGCAUACAAGCCCUAGCGUGCUAAGCGGUGAGUCGACGCCCUCCUUGUCUGGCGAGACGAUCCAUAGGGCCUUCGAUGGUGUAGCCCGAACCUCUCGUGCUAUCUAUGCUAUAAGUUCCAUUGUGGUUGAUUACAAGUAUUCUCUCUGGGGUUUGCCUCUUGGAUCGAGUGAUUACAGAUCUAAAUUGCCCGAGGUUCAUCUUCGUGCUGCUAAAAAGCUGCUGAAACUUUGUGAAGCCAAUGGAGGGUUUUAUGUGAAAGCUGGCCAAUUCGUUUCAUCAUUGAGACACGUUCCAAAGGAAUACUCUUUAAUACUUUCAUCAUUACAAGAUCAGGUGAAUCCAUGCAACAUCAAUGACAUUAAAGAAGUGAUUUUCAAAAGUUUAGGUGAAGACAGUUUAAAAUUAUUUCGUUCAUUUGAUGAAAAGCCAAUUGCUGCCGCAUCAAUUGCUCAAGUACACUACGGAACUUUGAGGAAUAAUCAAGAAGUUGCAAUCAAGGUACAGUAUCCUGAUUUGGAGCAGCGUAUGAAGAUAGAUUUCACAACUAUGACUAUCCUUUCUAAAUCGGUUUCCAUGGUUUUUCCUGGAUACAAGUUCGAUCAAGUAUUAUCUGAAUUUAAGAGAACAAUUUCUCUGGAACUUGAUUUCAUUCAGGAGGGAACGAAUUCUGAGAGGGCUGCCAGAAAUUUCAAAAAGAAUAAGUCUAUUAGAAUCCCACGUGUCUAUUGGGAUCUAACUACAAGUCAGGUUUUGACGAUGGAAUUUUGCAGAGGUUCCAAGGUUGAUGACCUAGAAUUUUUGAAGGAUUCUGGUGUAAAUACAGUGAAGGUUGCCAAAGCAUUAAUUGAAGCCUUUGCUGAAAUGAUAUUUGUUCACGGCUUUGUGCACGGAGAUCCUCACCCAGGCAACAUUUUAGUUUCUGUGGAAGGAAAUAAGAGUUUCUCACUAGUCCUAUUAGAUCAUGGAAUCUAUAGAGAACUGGAUGAACAAUUCAGGUUGGACUACUGCAAAUUAUGGAAAGCUUUAAUCCUUCUGGAUUCUCAGAAUAUAAUUAAUGUUGGGAAAAGGUUUGGUGUUGGCAAAUACUCAAAAUACUUCCCUGUAAUUUUCACUGGCAGAACUUUAGAAAGCAAAUCUGCUCUUGGAACACAAAUGAGCAAGGAAGAGAAAAAAAGUUUAAAGCGAGAACUGCAAUCCCUUAGGAUGGAAGAUAUCUCAUCGUUCACGGAAUCUUUGCCUCCUGAAUUUUUGUCGAUACUACGAACUGAUGGUCUGUUGAGUUCCAUAUCGAGCAAACUUGGCGCCCCACGUCGCAUGCGCCUUCUUGCUUAUGCAAAAUAUGCAGUAUAUGGCCUUGCAACACAUUCUUCUUCCAACCCUGAUAAAUAUGGGCUCUCAAAAUUCAGAGCAAACAUGAGUUAUCUUCAGUUGAGAGCAUAUAUUGAAUUCAUGGCGUUUCUUUUCAAAAUUAAAGAUUUUAAGCUUUCACUCGCAGAUAAGCUUAGGAUAAUACUGCGUGAAUUCACCAAAGUAACACAAUUCAUAUAUGACGUUAUGUUUUUCAGUUUAGGGACUUUAUAGUGAUAUAUGUUAUAUUGUUAUGAGAAUAAAACAUCAGCACUCGUGAAAGGAUUGUUUGGUUUUGGGCGGGAGAGAUUAUUCUGUGUGGACACCGGACGGAGAUUUUUCUCUUUGUCUAUAGUA